AUGGUGCCCCCAUCUCAGUAUGUCCUCCCUAACGAUCUGCCAGUUGCCUUGCUGGAUUGUGAAGAGGCCUUCUCACUCCUUUCAUCAGAGGAAAAGCUAUAUACCCAUUUCCUGUCACGGGCAUCAUUUUAUGGUGGUUUAAUAGUUUUGUUCCAGACUUCACCUGAAUCUCCAGCCAUAUAUAUUCUGCUGAACAGGAUUUUCAGGGCACAGGUGCCUUCAGUACUGCAUGGAGUGGCUCUCACCCAGGGACUAACUGAAGACGAAUUCCAGGCUCUCUUGGUAUAUGCUGCUGGAUUCUUUGCAAACAUGGGAAACUACAAGUCCUUUGGGGAUACGAAGUUUGUCCCAAUGUCUCCAAAAGGAGAGAUUGAGAAGUUACUACGGGCAAGUGAUGCGUUUGCUAAGGAUCCAGAAGGAAUGGAAAGACUUUGGAAAAUUGUUGCAGAACAUAUGUACUCCCUAGAACCACGUGAGAGGCAGCUAGGACUGGGAGACCAGGGAAUUACCACUUACUUCUCUGGAAAUUGCACUAUGGAAGAUGCAGAACUGAUUCAGAGGUUUCUUGACUCAAAGAAUCUUAGUGCCUACAACACUAGACUGUUUAAAACUCAGGAUGAAGGAGGCAGAACUAAGUAUGAGGUUCGACUGGCAUCCAUUACCAAAGAAGGUGGGAGUCUAUCUUCUGAUCUUUCAAACGUCUUGGGAUCAUUCGAGUUUGAAGGCCAUGAGAUCAUUGUCACAAGGGGUGAUUACUCUGCCUUACUUCUUCGAGUGAGGGAAAACCUGGAAAAGGCAAAGGCUUAUGCUUCCAAUGAUAACCAGAGAAAGAUGCUGGAGGAAUAUGGACGCAGUUUUCAAGAAGGAUCCAUCCAGGCUCAUAAGGAAGGGUCCAAGCACUGGGUGCAGGAUAAAGGACCAAUAGUAGAGAGUUAUAUUGGGUUCAUUGAGAGCUAUAGAGAUCCAUUUGGUUCCCGUGGGGAAUUUGAAGGCUUUGUAGCAGUAGUUAACAAAUUAGUAAGUGCUCGCUUUGCUCAGCUUGUGUCAGCAGCAGAGAGUCUUGUGCCAACCCUUCCAUGGCCAUCUUCAUAUGAGAAGGAUGUUUUCCUCCGUCCAGACUUCACCUCCUUGGACGUUGUAACUUUCAGUGGAAGUGGCAUCCCAGCUGGAAUCAAUAUACCAAAUUAUGAUGAUAUCAGACAGAGUGUUGGAUUUAAGAAUGUCUCUUUGGGAAAUGUUUUGUCAGUUGGAUCAGCCACUGAGCGUGAAAAACUGACAUUUCUGUCUGAGGAAGACAAGGAUGUUUUCAUGAAGUAUCGUGGACCAUCUUUUGAAGUUCAGGUUGGUCUACAUGAAUUACUUGGUCAUGGCAGUGGGAAGCUUUUUGUUCAGGAUGAGAAAGGAGGAUUCAACUUUGAUAAUGACAGUGUUAUCAACCCAGAAACUGGGGAAUCGGUGAAGAGUUGGUAUAAGCCAGGUGAAACUUGGGAUAGUAAAUUCUCAACAAUUGCUUCUUCCUAUGAGGAAUGCAGAGCAGAGUGUGUUGGCCUUUAUCUGUGCGUCAAUGAAGAGGUGCUACGGAUAUUUGGCCAUGAAUCUCAGGAGGCACAAGAUGUUCUGUUUGUUAACUGGCUGAAUAUGGUCCGGGCUGGAUUGAUGGGACUGGAAUACUACACACCAGAGACUGGGCGUUGGAGACAGGCUCACAUGCAGGCUCGAUUUGUCAUUCUUCGUGUCCUCUUAGAAGCUGGAGAAAAUUUUGUCACCCUCACCCGGAAAGUUGGGGUUGAUGGACGACCAGAUGCACAGGUGACGCUGGACAGAAGCAAGAUUAUGAGUGUGGGCCGACCAGCAAUUAAGCGAUUUUUGCUGCGUUUGCAGGUAUAUAAAUCCACAGCAGAUGUAGACAGGGCACGUGAGAUGUAUGAUGGAUACUCCAAAGUUACAGACAGCGAACCAUAUCAUUUUCUUACACUGCGAGACAUUGUGAUCUUAAGAAAAGAGGAGCGCAAGUCAUUUGUACAGAUAAACACACGGCUGACAGGGGCAGCUGUAGAAGCCUUGCGAUAUGACAGCAGUCCUUCAGGUCUGAUCCAGUCUGUCACAGAGAGAUUCCCUGAUGAUGAAAAGGAGCUGGAGUGCCUAAUGCUAGAAAUGAGUUGUGCAGAUGCCCAUUUCUGGGGGAAAGAGUGCAGCAGAUGA